AUGGCAAACACUGAACGUUGGAGGUUGCAGGGAGAUCUUAGGAAUAUAUCAAAUUACACCAUCUACACCAUCUACUCCACGUUUGGAGCUUUCUACGCCCCGCUGGGCUUGAUCCUCAUCCUCUACUACCGUAUAUACCGCGCGGCCAGGACUCUUCACCGCCGGCGAGCUUCCAGCUGCAAGUUGGCUCACACCUCUUGCCCGUCAGAGGCACCACGACCGGGUAGCCAGCUGGGCCGGGAGAAGGGGAUCGGCGAGCAGCCCGUGUCCAUGGGGAGGGAGCGCCGGGCGGCCAGGGUCCUGGGUCUCAUCCUGGGCGCCUUCGUUCUGUGCUGGCUGCCCUUCUUCGUUAAGGAGCUGCUGGCUGGGAUGCAGGUUUGGGCUGCCUCGCCCACCCUGGGAGACCUGCUCACCUGGCUGGGCUACCUCAACUCCCUGGUCAACCCCCUCCUCUACACCAGCUUCAACCAGGACUUUGUAACUGCCUUCCGCAGGGUGGCCAGCUGUGGGAAGUACGGAUAGCGCUCGGAGUGAGCGUGGCACAACAUGACCAUAGCACCAUAAUACACCAUGGCAAACAUUGUGACCAUACCAUGGCUCAACAUGACCAUAGCACCAUAAUACACCAUGGCAAACACUGUGACCAUACCAUGGCUCAACAUGACCAUAGCACCAUAAUACACCAUGGCAAACACUGUGACCAUACCAUGGCUCAACAUGACCAUAGCACCAUAAUACACCAUGGCAAACACUGUGACCAUAGCUAGGCCCACUGCUAUACACCACGUCACACCGCAAUAAUACACCACGCCAUACGCCAUAACCAUAGCACGUCACAACACGACCAUACACCACACCACACCAUAGCGCGCACACACACACACACACACACACACACACACACACACACUGACCACAACACACAUGCACACCAUGACCAUAGCUCUCCACACACACAUCCUUGAUUACAGACCCCUCCAUACAUAGCUUCUGCCUCUCACAUCCUCUUUUAGACAUUAUGUGCUCUAUUACCCCAGUGCUUCUGUGAAAUAGGUGCAAGUCCUAGGAAGACAAAUGAAUUCUUGAAGAAAUAAUUGAAUUAGGGGACAGGAUCAAUGGACGUGGUUUUGUGGACUUCCAGAAGGCAUUCACACGGAUUCCACAUCAGGGCCAACUGAAGUUAAAACGUGUGAAACUAAUAGCAAAUUCUGGGUCCCCUCUAGAGACCAGUGCGGCAAUAGGUCGCAAACAGUGGCCCAACAUUUGAACUGGAAGUGGCUUUCAGCAAACGAUUUGUUUUAUUAAGCAUCAGUAAUUAAAUGUCUGCUGUAAAUGAGCCGGCAAAUGCAUCUGAAGAUAAACAGAGACCUGGAUCUCUAUGGUCUCUGUACCAGACACUGUUUCUUUUGUGCCUAACUCUAUUUUUAAACAAAACACCUUUAAAAUAUCCGGGCAAAAAUGUUGUCUUUGGUUUUAAAAUUUAAAUGAAAGAUGCUACCAAUUGCCACCUUAUUUGUAUAAAUGUGAAAAUAAUUUACCUAUCAUGUGAAUAUGUCAGGAACGUUGGAGGUUGCAGGGAGAUCUUAGGAAUAUAUCAAAUUAUGAGGCAUAAAUAGGGUAGAGAGUCAGGAUAGGUGGCAUAUGGUGCAUCUGUAGUGCUACCUGUUUGAACCUGAUUACGGGUGCUGUCUAUGCAGAGUUUACACGUUCUCGCUGUGAUUGUGUGGGUUUUCUUCGGGUGCUCCGGUUUCCUCUCACACUCCAAAGACUUACAGGUUCGUAGGUUUCUGUAAAUUGUAAAUUGUUCCUAGUUUGUAGGAUAGUGAUGCUGUAUGGAGUCAUCGCUGGUCAUCAUGGACUCGGUGGGCCGAAGAGCCUGUUUCUGUGCUAUAUCUCUAAAGUCUAAAGCUAAAAGGAUAGGAAAAAAAUCAAAUACUAGUGGGCGUUGCUUUAGGGUUAGAGGGGCAGUUUAAAGGAGAUGUGCGGGGCAGGUUUUUACACAGAGGGU